CACAAAAUUCCAUCAAUCUGACACCCUUUUGACAUUAGAUCGUGGUGUGUGAGCAGAGGAAUUUGCCCUGGCGGGUUUUGUGUAUGAUCCAGACAUUGAAUGCAGACAUUUUGUUGAGAGGGUGUCGGGAAGACACAGAAGCUGGGACCCAGUGUGAAAGAUUGCAUGUCAGCUCACUCAAAGAAAUCACGACAACAUUGGUGGGCCAGCCACUAACCACAGGACGCCUGAAGAUUGGUUCUACAUUUGAAGACGGGCAGUUACCACCCAUCUGAUCCCCAGUGAACAGCGUCGCAAAUAUUUUGCUUACCUUAACUGACUUGCUAGGAUAUCUAGCAAUAGGAUUUCAACACUCAGCUAACCUAGCCAGCGAAACCUCUCCCUUUCUAGUGAUCCCAGUUACAGAAACAGAAUGGCAUUGAAACGAAUUUAUAAGGAACUGAAUGACUUUGCCCGCGACCCACCGGCUCAGUGUUCUGCAGGACCAGUGGGAGAAGAUAUGUUUCACUGGCAAGCUACAAUUAUGGGGCCUAAUGAUAGUCCAUAUCAAGGGGGUGUAUUUUUCUUGACAAUUCAUUUUCCUACAGACUACCCAUUCAAACCACCUAAGGUUGCGUUCACCACAAGAAUUUAUCACCCAAAUAUUAAUAGUAACGGUAGCAUCUGUCUUGAUAUUCUAAGAUCACAGUGGUCUCCGGCAUUAACUAUCUCUAAAGUUCUUUUGUCCAUUUGCUCAUUGUUAUGUGAUCCAAACCCAGACGACCCUUUAGUUCCAGAGAUUGCUCGUAUCUACAAAACAGAUAAUGAAAAGUACAACAGAAUAGCUCGAGAAUGGACUCAAAAGUAUGCAAUGUGAUCCUUGAUGAAAAUCAGUCAACUCUGCAUUUC